CGAGAAAUUUACACACAUUUAUGAUCGGAUGGCGAACGACGUCACUUUAGUUAGUAGUUUUCAGUACGAUCUCGAAAGUGUGCGUGCGUGAUGCGCUCUCUUCUUAAGUGGGAUUCAAGUUUUUUUUUUCUAAUGUGAGAUAAGAUAUUUUGUGUAAUUUAAACAAUGAACCAAAUAUAUCAAUAGUACCUCGCUUUACUGUGCUUCGUUAACUUUUAUUUGAUUGAAAAGUGUUGUGCAAGCCUAAAAAGUUAUUACAUUGUGAAUACACACUCAACAAAAAUUGUAUUGCUAGCUGAUCUUGGUUCACUUCCGGUCAACGGAAACAAUGGAUCAAGAUAAUCCAAAUUACUUUGAUGAUCAUGUGGCUAGUAGUGGGGCCGAGCCAAAUAGUAAGAGUUUCUUUCUGUUUAAGAAAAGAAGCUCGGCUAGUAGAGCAACGCCGAUCAAAUCAUCAAAUCCGAUCAUAGCCCCUGCAAUGAUCAACAAACGCAGCGGCAGCUUUAAAGGACUCUUGCGUUCGAGAAGUAAUUCAAACAGCAGCACGACACCCAAAGCUGCUCAUUACAGUCGAGACUACAAUGCGCUGGAUGCUGGUAGUUUCAGUGGAAACGAUGAUGUGUUUUACUCGAAUACAAUUACACCAAAGUGCAAUGAUGCACAGAACGAUAAAGGCAACAGAGAACACAGAUGUGGCAGCGAAAUCGAGCUGAGAAGGCAUUCCAUUGGAACUUUCAUGAUGAAAGAAAAUUUUAGGUUCGGAUCAAUAUCUGAUGAGGUUCCAAGAACAAUUGCCCCUAAAGCUCCGAGCUUUGCACUCAACUGUAACGAUAUGUGUGGCAAUGCAGCAGAUGCAGCUGGUGAUAUCUUAUUUGUGUUGGCAAAGCAUAGCGAGCAAGCUCUGGUGUGGGUUAAUCAUCUGAAAACCUGCUUCGAUAAAAUUACUAAACAGCGUGGUAGACAGCCUUUCAAAUUUUUACACUUCAAAGUUGACGGAGCUCAAAUCACACAGCAAUUUGUGCAAAUGUGCAAAUCGACGAAACUGCAGAUAGUGAUUAUCUGUCCAACCCUGCUGUCAUUCUCGAGUGUGUAUUUGUAUUCAACCUUCAAACAAGUCCUGAAACCAGACUGUGUAUUGGGCAUGCUUUUGGAUGUCGCCGAGAAUCACAUGGCGGAAAUUCACGAAUCGACCUUUCCCGGAUACCACAAGUGGCGCAUUUCUUCUCCUAGAGAUGUGGGGGAUCACGACCAGGCGUUUGUCAACGAGUUACUCGGCAUGGCGAUCGACAUUCUGGGUCGAGUGAUGCGCCAACAACUUUUGAGUAGUGAAAUUGGAAAUGCCGUUUCUGAGCAAAAGCCUCAGCCAACUGCUCAUUCUAGCUCCGCACACCAUGAUACGUUCACAUUGUUUCCGAGAAAGGUUAAAGUUGGUCAAAAUAAGAUCAUUAUAAUUCUCGUGGAACAUUUAAUGAAGGAUGAUUGGAUUAAGAUCAAAAUAGAAAUGUCAAAUGAAACAAUAGAAAUAACUAAUGUCAAACGUCGGAAUCCUUACACUAUACAGUUUAAUAUACCAGAUGCCUGUUUGGAAAUUUCCAUGAUGAUUGGAGUGCGUGUGGAGAAGAACAAUAUCGAUUUAGGAUGUCGUCCGCUCAAGUGUGAGAGUCGUCUCCGUGAGCUGGAGCAAAUAUUAAAAUCACAGACAUCACCGGUGGAGUUUUUAUGCCAAUCCGUUGGCAUUGCGAGCGCAGACCGGGACAGGCUUGAUAGUUUGCUGCUGCAGUCCUUUCAGAAAAAUGUGCCCACAAAUUUUCACUUACUCAACUCAGUUGAGAGCGCGAGUGGGCUGAAAUCUCGCCGGGAAUCUCAUCCGGAAGAGUACCCAACAUUGCUACAUUUUUCUGCUCACUGGGGGCUAGAACGGUUAAGUCUCCAGUUGAUGGAUUGUCCCGGAGGUGAUGUUGCAUGCGGCUUGAGGAAUUUUGCCGGUCGUACGCCUAUGGAUUUGGCUGACAUUGCAGGACACAUGAAAUUGGCAAACAGUUUCAGAAACUUUUCUCAAAUGCACGAGUUUACCACAAUGUACUAUUAUUUUAAAGGGAUCAGUGAAGCUUCACCGGAUAAAAUCAUCAUUCAGCCCAAAAUGGCACAUUCAUCAAAUACUUGUAAUCUAGUUCGACAUCACCAGAGCGAGGGCUACAUGAAGAUGGACGGCAGCGGUAGUGAUAUUGAAUCUAGUCAAAACGAGACAUUCAAUUCUGUUUCUAAUCUAAACUAUUUAAAUUUUGAGGCAACAGGGCAUGGGCAGGAUGAGGUUGAUUUAGCUAUAGAUAAGAAGAAACAAGCCGAGAAAGACAAAGAAAUAUUAAAUAAUCUCAACAGUGAUAUUGACCAUGAUGCCAGGGAGCAAGAGAUAUUAUUUAAUGAGCUUAAGAUAACAGAACCAAUGUAUUUCGAAUCUAGUGAUGUUAACAAAAGUGACGCCUUUAGUCAGGAGUGCUCGAAUCUAUUAGAGAGUUGUAAUGCGUCAGAUGUUAAUGAUUUUGAUUAUCUCGUGCAGCCAUCAAAUCUUCCAGUUCGAAAAAUAGAUACGGUAGAAUCAGAUUAUCUUGUGCAGCCGUCCAAUAUUCCGGUGCAUGAAUAUACGAACCUCGAAAUAGGGCGUGAUUGGCAUGAUGUCCAGGAAGCUGGAAGGGACCUUUCUCACCUACGUUUGAGUUUUAAAAAGAAAGACUCCGAGUCCUCAGGCACGUCCAAGGACAGAGGCUUGCAAAGACAAGAAAGCAAUACGUCUAAAAAAUCGGUUGACGACGAACUCCUGGAAAUUAUAGCAGAUUUCAAGAACAAUGUUUUCACUAUACAGGAAGUAGAGUCUUUAGUAGAAUCCUGGAAAUCUAGGAAUGAUGUUCAGAAAUGUUUCAAAGAUAAACAGGAGCAGCUACAAAAAAUGCGUGAAGAAUAUGAACGAAUCCAGCAACAAAUGAAGGAAAAACUUAAAAGGCCCACACCUUUCGAGAGAAUGAAGAAAAUGUUUAGCAGGAAUAAAAGCACCACAAAUACCAAAGAUACUCAAUCGAGCAGUGGACCGUCGGACAUAUGCGAAGAUAUUAAAUUUUCAAUGAUGCCGUCUACUUCACAGAGUAAUCGGCCAAAUAGUUCAUCUAGCCUGCACAGUAUUUCCAGCAAUUCUUCAGGCAUAAGCAGUAGCAAUUCAUCGGAGGAACGAAAAUGUGUAACCAAAGUUCGAGCAGGCAGCUCAAUGGAAGAUUAUAUGAUUCCUCCAUCCCCGCGUCCUCUUAAUCCAGUUCUGGAAAAUCGACCAAUUUCGAACGCUCACGACUCUGAUGAACACUACACUGCAUUUCCAUCAAAUGUACCAGUAGCGGUUCAACAGCAAAUGAGUGACUACGUGAACACUAGUGCAAUGCUGAAUUCAAUUGACGAAAACAACGAAACGGAAACGAUUUUGCAAUCGAUUAAUGUUCAAAGACAAAAUGUUUCUUACAGUCAGCUAGAUAUUGUACGACCUUCGAUGAGUUCAUUCAAGUAAAUACAAAUACAUAUUUUUCAAAACCAAAAUUAUUUAAGAAAUACAAGUGUAAGAAUUA